AUGACUGAUACCUUUUGUGAAGCUUCAGACUUUGAUCUCAAAGCAUCAUCCAACCGAAUUGUCGAUGAAGCCAGAAGCAUCCAGCAGCUCAUUAAACACUAUCAAAGAUUAACACGACAGUUUCAAGAUGAUGUUGCCCAGCAUGUUCUUAAGGAGGUAGACGAGAGUAACCGUUUUAAGUCACUUGAUACUACUGUGGCUGAAGCAGAACUUGUAUUUCUUCGGAAUAGUGAUUUCUUAACAUAUUCUCACGAAAGAAAGGAGGCUGAUGUGCAUCUUGAAAGCAUCUUUCCUACAUCACGGAUGCGUGCGCAUGGGGGGGAGAAUGAGUCUCGAGAGGAUUUAACAGAAAUUUCAUGGAUAUCCAGACUUAACAUGUCGGGACUUUCACAAUGGAGCCCCGAUGCAGGCUCUUCACUGAAGGCACAUGGCGACAUUCGGGAAGUCUUUCUUGGAUGGAGGAAGAGAAAUGAUACCUUAGACAUGGCAUUCAAGCACAUGUGCGAGCUUUUAUUUGAUUCACUGAAACAAGCGCGCGAGGUUAGUUCACCAAUCGAGCAGAAGUACGUCUGCUUUUUUAAUGGUCUACCUUUCACUUCGCUUUCCUUUGCCGAUGUGGGCGAAAACAUGGAUUUGUGGAAGCAGUUUGCUUCAUUUGGGACUUAUUUUCAGUCUACUAACUCUAUUGAAGAUGGAGUUGUCAAAAUCGCUCAAGCGUACUCGAACAGGAUCAUUGAUCUAUCCAGCCUGACUAAGAAACAGUUUUGUGAAGCUCUCUGGUUCAACUACGACUUUGAGAGCAGCAGUACACCCUGUGAUGGAAAGGUCGCAAGGAAUUUUUAUAAUAACUUCAUACCUAACGUUCAAUGCGAUGCUCAUGACAAUAUUGUUUUGGUGGAUCCUUCCCGGAUGCGCGGCAGUCAGCCUUUUCGUGGGUUCUUUAUUAAAUCGGAAUUGAUUGCAGUUGAGCACAUCGGCACACCUGUUAAUGUAUCUUUACUAUUGUCUCCCAGGGGAGGUGAGAAGACGGAAAAUGCAAAUGAUAAUGUAAAUAUAAUGGGCCAAAUCGCUCAAAUGUUCCAAAAAAUAUUCAUCUCCAUUAUUAACGGGGUGGACAACAUACCAGCGAGCACGGUCAUGACGGUUGCUUUUAAAUAUGAUUCAAUACCAUCAUCCUCAAACAUUGGUGCUCCUAUGCCGUUUCAAGAAGGUAUAGUUCUGGAUGUAAGGCCCAUUUCCCCCUCUAUACCUUUUUUCUGGCACUUCACGUGGGCUGAGAUUUGUGCAUUGGGCCAGCUCAAUCGAGGUGGCCAAGUCACCCGUACUGAUUGUGAUUCCAAAGAUGUUAUUUUUAAAGUGACAGGUGUAUCAGCCUCCUCUUUAUUGGAGUACGACACCCUAAGCGCGUUGGUCUUUCCCAUUCUCAACCAAGAAAUCAAAAAUCACCUCAAAGAUGCGUUACAAGGUGUUUUCCCGCAUCAUCAAUAUCACAAAAGCAUCAAAGACCAGAAAUCGUUGCUCUCAAGAUACCCUGUCAUCGCUACAUUCGGAGCCGCGUUGAUACUCUUGGGGGUGGGCAUAGGACGCCUAUUUCGAAGUAGUAAAGAUUUCUAA